AUGGAGGCGGUUUUGCAGACCAAAGGCCUUCUCUCCCUGCCCAAAAACCCUAGAGCCAGAGUCCUCAACCCAUCUCAGGGCUUAAAGCAGCGAGCUUUGUCCUUAAAACCGAAAAUCCUUCCUGGGUUCUCCGUCUCCUCCAACGGAUUCCGCAAAUUCAAUGGCUUCGUCUCCAACUCCAGCGGGAAGGUCUUUCUCAAGAAUCGGACCUUUCACAUUUGCCGGGCCGAGGCGGCGGCCUCGGCUGAUGGGCAGCCCCUGUUAGGCGAGCAGGAGAAGCCAAAGUUCUUCGGGAUCGAGCCGGUCACCUUCAAGAAGAUCAUACCGCUGGGUCUCAUGUUCUUUUGCAUUCUGUUCAAUUACACGAUCCUCAGGGACACAAAGGAUGUCCUGGUCGUGACGGCUAAAGGGAGCAGCGCGGAGAUUAUACCCUUCCUCAAGACUUGGGUUAACCUCCCCAUGGCGGUGGGGUUCAUGCUUCUGUACACGAAACUUGCCGGGGUUCUGUCAAAGGAAGCUCUCUUCUACUCCGUGAUUGUUCCCUUCAUUGCCUUCUUCGGGGCUUUCGGGUUUGUUCUGUAUCCACUUAGCAAUUAUAUCCAUCCCGAUGCGCUUGCCGAUAAGCUCCUCAACUUUCUCGGACCGAGGUUCCUCGGACCCCUCGCUAUCAUGAGGAUCUGGAGCUUCUGCUUGUUCUAUGUCAUGGCUGAGUUGUGGGGCAGUGUUGUGAUUUCUGUCCUGUUCUGGGGUUUUGCCAAUCAGAUAACUACCAUAGAGGAAGCGAAAAGGUUCUACCCUCUGUUUGGGCUUGGAGCCAAUGUUGCUCUCGUGUUCUCGGGCCGAACAGUAAAAUAUUUCUCCAAUCUGAGACAAUCCCUGGGCCCCGGUGUUGAUGGUUGGGCUGUAUCCCUAAAGGCGAUGAUGAGCAUCGUGGUGGUGAUGGGGCUUGCCAUCUGUGGCCUCUACUGGUGGGUGAAUACAUUCGUUCCUCUUCCCACUAGAAGCAAGAAGAAGAAGGAGAAGCCGAAGAUGGGAACAAUGGAGAGCUUGAAAUUCUUGGUAUCUCAAAGAUAUAUUAGGGACCUUGCAACAUUGGUGGUCGCCUAUGGAAUCAGCAUCAACCUUGUCGAAGUCACAUGGAAAUCAAAACUGAAAGCUCAGUUCCCAAGUCCAAAUGAGUACUCUUCGUUCAUGGGUGACUUCUCAACCGCUACCGGAAUAAUGACCUUCACGAUGAUGCUUCUGAGUCAAUUCAUAUUUGACAAGUACGGGUGGGGAGUUGCGGCGAAGAUCACACCUACUGUGCUACUUCUAACAGGAGUUGGGUUCUUCUCUCUUAUACUGUUUGGGGACCCAUUUGCUCCUUCCCUGGCAAAGUUCGGGAUGACUCCCCUUCUUGCAGCAGUCUACGUGGGUGCAAUGCAGAAUAUCUUCAGCAAGAGUGCCAAGUACAGCUUGUUCGACCCCUGCAAGGAAAUGGCAUAUAUACCCCUCGACGAAGACACCAAGGUUAAAGGCAAAGCGGCCAUAGAUGUUGUGUGCAACCCAUUAGGAAAGUCUGGUGGUGCACUAAUCCAGCAGUUCAUGAUCCUAACAUUCGGUUCACUUGCAAACUCAACUCCCUACUUGGGCGGCAUCCUAUUGGUGAUCGUCCUUGCAUGGUUGGGUGCUGCUAGGUCUCUUGAGACUCAAUUCAAUGCUUUGCGCCGUGAAGAAGAGCUCGAGAAGGAGAUGGAGAGAUCGGCUGUAAAGAUUCCGGUCGUGCCCGAGAAUGAGGGUGCUAAUGGGUCCCUCCCCAGCAGUUCACCAGUGAAUCCUAUCUCCGGCGACUCCUCUUCUUCAAGUAGUUCAUCGGAACCAUCAACUCCCCGAAACUGAGUCGAGUAUUGUCUAUCAGUUGGCAACCAUGGAGAAGAAUAAAGGAUGGACGUUUUGUAUCUUCUUGUAGAAAUAAUAGAAACUAAAGCUGGUUGCAGACAGAUUGUCUGUGAAGUCUUGAUCUUUUACUGUUGACGAUAUAUAUUAGAUGAAGAUGUUGUACCAUACAGAUGAUGGCAUGUAUGAUGUAAAAUUUAGUUGCAUGGACGUGGAAGCCAGUGUCAGUGCGAAGAAGACUUCCCAUUUCGGUCAUUGUUAUUUCAAAUUCUUGUAGACAGUCUCUACACAGGUAUGGUAUAGUAUGUGAAAAGAAAGGUUUCAUUUCGA